AUGGAAGAUGAGGACCAACAGUAUGACGAGAGUUGCCCCCCCACCCCCGUAGAGGAGGAGGAGGAGCCCCUCCCUGAGAGGUAAACCCCCCUCCCAAAUCUCAAAUCUUCAAGCUUUUCUGUUAUACAGGCGCAACAGGGGCUUUGUUUAUUGGGCCACCAUAUUGGGUGGACUGUGAAAAAGCACAUGGGGGUGCGUCUGAAAUGACCUCCUUAUUUCCCUUUCAGUGCACCAAGUAUCUUGAUUCAUCCCAGAGAACCCCCCCCCCCCCCUUCCUUCCCCCUUAAAAACACAUUUGAAGAAACGUGCCUUUCCUGCAAUAACACUUGCACUUGUCUUUUCUUACUAGCACUGACUGCUGAUAGCUGCUUUAUUGAGGAUAGAAUGUACUUACUAUGACUGUGAUAUGUUGCUGUCUCACCUAACUACACUACAUAACCAAAAGUAUGUGGACACCUGCUUGUCGAACAUCUCAUUCCAAAAUCAUGGCCGUUAAUAUAGAGUUGGUCCCCCCUUCGCUGCUAUAACAGCCUCCACUCUUCUGGGAAGGCUUUCCACUAGAUGUUGGAACAUUGGAAACCCAUUUUAUGAAGCUCCCGACGAACAGUUCUUGUGCUGACGAUGCUUCCAGAGGCAGUUUGGAACUAGGUAGUGAGUGUUGCAACUGAGGACAGACAAUUUUUAUGCGCUACGCGCUUCAACACUCGGCAGUCCCGUUCUGUGAGCUUAUGUGGCCUACCACUUCGCCGCUGAGCCAUUGUUACUCCUAGAUGUUUCCACUUCACAAUAACAGCACUUACAGUUGACUGGGGCAGCUCUAGCAGGGCAGAAAUUUGACGAACUGACUUGUUGGAAAGGUGCCAUCCUAUGACUGUGCCAUAGUGAAAAUCACUGAGCUCUUCAGUAAGGCCAUUCUACUGCCAAUGUUUGUCUAUAGAGAUUGCAUGGCUGUGUGCUCGGUUGUAUACACCUGUCAGCAACGGGUGUGGCUGAAAUAGCCGAAUCCACUAAUUUGAAGGGGUGUCCACAUACUUUUGUAUAUAUAGUGUACCUUAAGAUGAAUGCACUAACUGUAAGUCGCUCUGGAUAAGAGCAUCUACUAAAUGACUAAAAUGUAGAAAAAUGUACAAAUGUUCAAAAGUAGUGCACUAUAUAGGGGGCCAUUUCAGCCCCAGAUAUGGAGUUGUUCUCAGACCUGCUCUCUUCCUUGUAGUCCUCCAGUAGAUGAGGAGCCCAAGGAGCCGGUGGACCCGUCCGUGAGGGCUAGGGAGAACUGGCUACGAAUCAUCGACAAGGUCCAACAGCAGCUUCGAGAGGUAAGGUAUCACACUCAAACCUUGUUCCCAUGUCCCAGUCCUAUACUACUGGCCCUACGCCUGAUCCAGCGCCAGACAUAUCCACAUCCCUAAGCCUAACCUUAACUUCAACCCCAGUCCUAUCCCCGAUCCUCUUGUCCUAUCCCCCAGCCCCAUCCCCUAACCCUUGCCUAACACGCCAGCCCUAAAUUCCGCCCCGGACCUAUGUAGUCUAGCCACCCAGUCCUACCAGCCUUGUUUCCAGCCCCUGCCCUGCACCCCAGUCCCAUCCAUAGUGCUUUAUCCAGGUUUGGAGAAGAAGAGAGGGGUAAGUAGUAGAAACAUUUUAAAAGUGUCUAAGUACUUUCUGCACAGCUUUGAAAAAUGCAUGUGAUAUGCAUUAUUUACUCCCAAAGCUAGAGUGAAUGGGUUCCUGAGACUAUUUUUUAAAGUACAUACAAUCAAUAUUUUAAAUGAUCUGAAAAUACAUUUUCUAUAGAUGGUGGUGCACAUUUUCCCUUAGUAUGGAAAAUAACUCACUCAACUCUGUCUUUAAGUCUCACGGAACUGCUAAAACAAUUGAUUUGAACGUUCAGCUUGGCUUGAUUGAUUUAUCAGUUUGCUCACAUUUAUUCACAUCAUUUUGCUAAUCAUUCUUUUUUAAUUGAAUGAAUAAACACUUGCUUGGAUGUUUGUGGGUUUUGUCACUUUGCUUUUUUCCUCCUGUGUUUUGUUGAUUUCCCUUUUCACCCCAUUUUUGUUUGUCCCACUACUUUUUCUUUCCAGUUUCAUGUCAUUGCCAUAGCGAUACUCACAUGCACUCUGGUCGGCCAUGAUUGGAGCAGAUUGACAGGUGGGUACAAUGAUUGGUUGCUGAAGAGAAUGGUGGACUUGUUGGCCAAUGAUUUUUCAGUAAUGUCCUGCAGUGCACACAUUCAUUUGACCUUUUCCAUUUUACUUCAUAACAACUAUGCUGUAUUAUCUUAUACAAUGUUUAAUUGUUUGAGUUUCAUGGUUUGGAUACUUUGCAUAUUCAUUAUUAUGAUUUUAUAACUAUAACAAUCUUUCAGCCAAGCUCGUAGGAGUUAACUACCGUCAGGUGAAAUCGGCAAGAAACUUUUCCAUCAAUACCUUUGCAGUGUUGCUUGCAAAAUCAAUCAUUAACAUUAGAUUUUUUAUACCUGUUUAUAUUUUUACCCAGUAUGCAGUUGGAAUUAAUUUUCCUUUCAGUAUUUCUUCAUUAUAUUUUUCUUCAAAUCUGUGGGUUUAAGAAGGCUUUAAAUAAAACCAGACAAACAGCGUUAGGAUGUGGCAGAAUCCCAAGGUUGAAUGAGUCAAAACUCUCUCUUUCUCUAUUAUGGUAUUUCUCUGACCCUGAGCUGGAGGAUGGGAGUCUGAAUGUGUGACGAGGGCCAUAGCUAGCGCGAGAUAAAAGUACAUGUGAUUGCUGUGACGGUCUAUUCAGUUAAAGCUGGUAAAUCUAUUUUUGGACUUUUGAAUUAGUGAUAUAUAGCCAUUGAUCCUUGAAGAAUAUGUGUGUGUUUUUUUCAGAAUCAUAGACUGUAGCUUUAAUAUUAGAUAUAGGCCUAUUGCAGAGCUGCUCAAUUCCAGGCCUUAAGGGACAAAGAAAGGCUGGUUUUCUUUUCUCCCUUGUGGUUGACUGAUCAAUUCAUGUCAUUGGUUGGCCAGAGAGUUCACUCACCUGGAGUUCUGAGUUCUGAAUGGGUUCUUUAGUAGAAGGUCUCUAUAGAAGUGAUUUCACAGUUUACUAGCUCUAAUUUAUCUCUAUGACAGAAGGAAUGAGCUGGAGAGGGUGGGAGAGAGAAAGAGAGGAGGAUAGAGAGAAAGAUGAAAAGAGAUUGAGAUAGAGGAGGAUGAAUAGAUAGUGCAGCUUUAAGAAUGUUGUCUGAGGUAGUCAUCAGUGGUGGAAAUGGUCUUGAUUUCCUUGUUUGGGGGCUCGGGGGCAUCCUCCCCCACAAAAAAUCAAAUUUACCAGCUAAAUGCUGCACUCUUGUGCACUCUAGAUGCUCUGCAUAUGGAUGAAAUUGAUUUCAAACGUUUAGUGAAAGAUACUCAUCACCCAGACGUAACUGUACUCUUCCCACCCUCCUCCUCCCUGUCUUCUUUCUCUCUCCCUCUUCCCCCUCUCUCUCCAGGCACGAGGAGAGCCGUCCAAUUCCUUGUGGUUUGGUAAAGGAGGGUGAGUUACCCAUCACUGCUCACAACAAAAGAUCACAUACAGUAACUACCAUUCUACCACGGCACCUCAGUGCAGUUACCACAAUGAGAUUUGCAUUUACAGUAAAUGCUAUACUAACUAGCGUAGUACAACAAUCAAUCACUAAAUGAUUGCCACUACUGUAAAUAUGUAAUACUGUAAAGUGUACACUUUCAGAUUUAAAAUAGAGGAUAGUGUUUCAUCCACUGGCUCCAGUCCUCUCAAGGGCUUUAUGAAUAGAAUUGGAGAGGAGAAUUAUUAGAUUAGACAUACAUUAUUGUCCAGAUUUUAAAAGUAAAUAGCAAUAAAAAAAAAACAUCUGGAGCACCUUGUCAUCAUCAUUUCACUUCAACAAAAUAGUCUAAACUUACCCGUAGCAGCGGAUAAAUGUCUGAGAGGGAUACAGUAUAUUUGUUGGCUGGUAUGUAACAGUAAGGUUGUUUUACCUGCUCAGGGUAGGAGAGGUUCUGUACAGCAUCGACAGCAUGCCUGACCUACGCAAGAAGAAAGGUCCAACCCUGGUCAGAGACCUCGUAAGAGACCACACACAAACACACACAAACACACACACACACACACACACACACACACACACACCACAGCAACCGUACCUUGGCCCAUGCCACCCCCUCCGCCUCCCCCUUUCGGAAUCAUUACUGCCAUUAUUGGCCUUUCUGUCUGUUCAGUUUCCUCUGCAGCACUCUGGGGACCUAGCUCCCUCCCACAGACAUCACACCCGCUCCCUCUUUAGCCAGCCUUAUGUCCUGGGAAACUGUGAAACCAUGACACGAAAUGAGGGAUUACCAUUUUGCAGUGGAUGGUGUGACAGGAAGUCUAUAGCCAUGACUCUAACUGUGGCAUCCUCUGUCUGAGUCAUAUAUUUGAAUUGCUGUCAGGCAGCGAAUAAGACGCCUAUGUACGUAAAAGGAGGGAGAGGGCAGAAUAUAUUACAAGCUAAAAGCUGUUUAACACGCACACAAAACAGGCACACACACGCACACACACUCAUUUACAUACACACCCUCUGCCCCCUUCCCCUUUCUUAUACAUCGUAUAUAAACAUCUAUAACAUGCCACUCAAUGAGACAUGAGUAUAAAUCAAUAUGCUAUAUACAAUUCUGGUAUGGUGCUUGUUUACUAACAUAUGUUCCCUCACCCCCUUCCCUUGUCUCUCUACAUCUGUCAUGCAGUUACAGGCCAUGGUGAGUACCUGUACCAGUCUGCUGGUGUACUACCAACAACCCUUGAAACUCUCUUGUAAUCAUAAUAGCCAUACUUUAAUUACACUAUAUAUACAAAAGUAUUUGGACACCCCUUCAAAUUAGUGGAUUUGGCUAUUUCAGCCACACCCGUUGCUGACAGGUGUAUAAAAUCGAGCACACAGCCAUGCAAUGAUAAUAAUAUGCCAUUUAGCAGACGCUUUUAUCCAAAACGACUUACAGUCAUGUGCGCAAACAUUUUUACGUAUGGGUGGUCCCGGGGAUCGAACCCACUACCCUGGCGUUACAAGCACCAUGCUCUACCAAUUGAGCUACAGAGGACCACGAUCUCUAUAGACAAACAUUGGCAGUGGAAUGGCCUUACUGAAGAGCUCAGUGACUUUCAAAGUGGCAUCAUCAUAGGAUACCACCUUUCAAACAAGUAAGUUCAUCAAAUUUCUGCCCUGCUAGAGCUGCCGCAGUCAACUAUAAGUGCUGUUAUUGUGAAGUGGAAACGUCUAGGAGCAACAACGGCUCAGCCGCGAAGUGGUAGGCCACACAAGGUCACAGAACGGGACCGCCAAUUGCUGAAGCACAUAGCGUGUAAAAAGCAACGUCAGCACAAUAACUGUUCGUCGGGAGCUUCAUGAAAUGGGUUUCCAUGGCCAAGCAGCCGCACACAAGCAUAAGAUCACCAUGCGCAAUGCCAAGCGUCGGUUGGAGUGGUGUAAACUCGCCGCCAUUGGACUCUGGAGCAGUGGAAACGCGUUCUCUGGAGUGAUGAAUCACGCUUCACCAUCUGGCAGUCCGACGGACGAAUCUGGGUUUGGCGGCUGCCAGGAGAACGCUACCUGCCCGAAUGCAUAGUGCCAACUGUAAAGUUUGGUGGAGGAGGAAUAAUGGUCUGGGGCUGUUUUUCAUGGCACGGGCUAGGCGCCUUAGUUCCAGUGAAGGGAAAUCUUAGCGCUACAGCAUACAAUGACAUUCUAGACGAUUCUGUGUUUCCAACUUUGUUUCAACAGUUUGGGGAACGCCCUUUCCUGUUUCAGCAUGACAAUGCCCUGUGUACAAAGCGAGGUCCAUACAUAAAUGGUUUGUCGAGAUCGGUGUGGAGGAACUUGACUGGCCUGCACAGAGCCUUGACCUCAACCCCAUCGAACAGCUUUGGGAUGAAUUGGACGCUGACUGCGAGCCAAGCCUAAUCGCCCAACAUCAGUGCCCAACCUCGCUAAUGCUCUUGUGGCUGAAUGGAAGCAAUGUUCCAACAUCUAGUGGAAAGCCUUCCCAGAAGAGUUGAGGCAGUUAUAGCAGCAAAGGGUGGGACCAACUCCAUAUUAAUGCCCAUGAUUUUGGAAUGAGAUGUUCGAUGAGCAGGUGUCCACAUACUUUUGGUCAUGUAGUGUACCAAGGCUCAUAUUCAUUUAUAAUUGACUCUGUCUCUCCCUCCCUUUCUCUGUCUCUCUCCUCUCUCCUCUCUCCUCUCUCCUCUCUUUCUCUCUUUCUCUUUCUCACUCUCUGUCUCUGUCUCUGUCUCUGUCUCUGUCUCUGUCUCUGUCUCUGUCUCUGUCUCUGUCUGUCUCUCCAGUCUAUGGCCUCUCAGAACGCUCGGAAGGCUGGGAUCACCACGGCGAUGGCCUGCAGCACCCUCGGCAAUGAGGACCUGGUGGGUCACACGACUUAUGACCUCAGCGUGUCUCGGCACAGCUAUAAAUAUCCAUUCAGUUUCAGUCUAAUUUCAAUCAACUUUAUUGUUAUCAUCCCCAAGGGGCAAUUUUCACCGGUGGAACAUAACACUUCGAAAAGAAAAUGUAGCCGACCACACUUUUUAUUGCUGAAAUGCAGUUGAUUUAUUAAACAACCAAGGUUUUUGGCAGCUAGCUGCCUUCAUCAGGUAGUGUGCAUAUAUAAUUAAUACCAUAUUCCUCCCUCUGCCUCUCUCUCUCUCUGCCUCUCUCUCUCUUUCUGCCUCUUUCUCUCUAUCUCUCUCUCUGCCUCCCCCUCUCUCUCUGCCUCUCUCUCUCCCUGCCGGCUCUCUCUGCCUCUCUCUCUCUCUGCCUCUCUCUCUGCCUCUCUCUCUCUGCCUCUGUCUCUCUCUGCCUCUCUCUCUCUCUCUCUCUCUCUGCCUCUCUCUCUCUGCCUCUCUCUUUCUCGCUCUCUCUUGCUCUCUCUCUCCCCCCCUCCCCUUCCAUCCGUUCUGCAGAAGAUUCAUGUGUACAAGAAGACCCUACAGGCUCUGAUCUACCCCAUCUCCUGCACCACGCCCCAUAACUUUGAGGUGUGGACAGCCACCACUCCCACCUACUGCUACGAGUGCGAGGGGCUGUUGUGGGGCAUCGCUCGCCAGGGCAUGAGGUGCUCCGAGUGCGGGGUCAAAUGCCACGACAAGUGCCAGGACCUGCUCAAUGCCGACUGCCUGCAGAGUAAGGAACACACAAGUGCACACACACACGAAAACAUGCACACAUACGUAGAACUACUGUGUCUCAUUUUUACAUUACACACACACACACACACACACUAUUUUCUCCUUACACUCUACACACAGAAAGAAAUAUACACCCAUAAAAACUCCCUCUCAUUUCCCCUCUUGCUUUCCCUUUUUCGAUUGACAUCCCAUUACUCUACUCUCUCUCUUUCUCCUCCCCUCUUCCUUUUCAAUUUAUCUCCUGAGUAAUGUGCUGUCAUCCCUCCUGCUUCUCUCCUGGACUCAGUCCCUCCAUCCUUAUUACUUCUCUAAUUCACAUUCCCCAAGAUUAGAUUUUAGCUCAAUUCACUACUGAUUUACGGUCUCUUUUAUCUCCUAUUACUCACUUGUCCCCUCUCCCCACUAUUCCUUAGGAGCCUUUAAUCUGAAGGUUUACCCAAAUGACCAUCACUGCCUCUUUUCUCUCUAUCUCAUAUUCUCCAUCUAUACCAGGGAUGGGCAACUUUGAUGGGGGUGGGGGCCAUAAAACAUAUUUCUCUUCUCCUAGUCUCUCUCCCUCCUUCAUGCCCUUUUUAACUUUUUCUCAUUGCCUCUCUCUCCUUCCUCUCUCUCUUCUCUCUUUGUCCUCUCUUUUCUUCCGGCUCUUUUCCUAUACUCUAACCCCUCUCCUCUCUCACCCCCUCCCUCUCUCUCAUCUCCAGGGGCAGCGGAGAAGAGUUCUAAGCAUGGGGAGGAGGACAGAACCCAGAACAUCAUCAUGGUUCUAAAGGACAGGAUGAAGAUCAGAGAGAGGAACAAACCGGAAAUCUUCGAGCUCAUCCAGGAAGUGUUUAGCAUCGUCAAGGCGACGCACGCCACGCAGAUGAAGCAGAUCAAACAGAGUGUGCUCGAUGGGACGUCCAAGUGGUCGGCCAUGAUCAGCAUGACUGGUAAAACAAGGACUGGGAUUGAGAUUGGGAUUAAGAUUGAGAUUAGGUUUGGUAGGGGUUGGGAUUAAGGUUAGAAUUGGAGGGGGUGUUGGUUACUGACUGGCAGUAGGAAGAUUACAUCAGUAGACUCCCCUUUGCCAACCAGAGAAUACAUUAUAUUUUACAUGUUUGCUUUUGAGUUCUUUCUUUAGCAGAUGCUCUUAUACAAAGUGAUUUUGAUGUGUAUUCAAGUAAGGACACUGAAACAACCAUUUAGCUAAUACUCUCUGUGUGGUGUAUGCCCAGAGUCUAAUGGUGUGACUGUGUCCGUCUCUCAGUGCAGUGUGCCCAGGGCCUCCAGGCCAAGGACAAGACCGGCUCCAGUGACCCGUACGUCACAGUUCAGGUGGGCAAGACCAAGAAGAGGACCAAGACCAUCUACGGUAACCUCAACCCUGUCUGGGAUGAGAACUUCCACUUGUGAGUACAGCGAGUGUGUGUCUGUCUGUCUGUCUAUGCAUGGCUGUGUGUGGUUACGUCUGACAUCAUUUCUUAAUCUCGUAGCGAAUGCCACAACUCGUCGGACCGCAUCAAGGUACGCGUGUGGGACGAAGACGAUGACAUCAAGUCCAGGGUGAAGCAGAAGUUCAAACGGGAGUCAGAUGACUUCCUGGGUCAGACCAUCAUCGAGGUCCGCACACUCAGCGGCGAGAUGGACGUAUGGUACAACCUGGGUGAGUGAUGGAGGGGGAGAGAGUGAGGGGGAGAGAGUGAGGGAGGAGGAGUGAGGGAGGAGGAGUGAGGGAGGAGGAGUGAGUGAGGGAGAGGUGAGUGAGUGAGUGAGAGAGAGAGAGAAGAGAGAGAGGAGAGAGGAUAGAUAGGAGAUAGAGAGGAGAGGAGAUGAAGGAGAGAGAGAGAGCCAGUAGAGAGUAGUACUGAUCUCACUAGAUGAGAUGAUCAGAAGAGAAGAGGGCAUCAGAGGUCACCUCAAUAGAAUGUCUUGAUGUGAGUGUGUUGGUGUCCUCUGACAGACAAGAGAACAGACAAGUCUGCUGUGUCUGGAGCCAUCCGGAUGCACAUCAGUGUAGAGAUCAAAGGAGAGGAGACUGUGGCUCCCUACCAUGUCCAGUACACCUGUCUACAUGAAGUAAGACCUACCAUACCUUAACUUACCUUACUUACCACACACACAGACACACACACACACACCUCUAACAGUUUCUUCCCGCUGUGUGUGAAGCACCUGUUUCAGUACACUACAGAGGAGCAGAACAGUGGUGUGGUGAAGAUCCCUGAUGCCAAAGGUGACGACGCGUGGAAGGUGUACUUCGAGGAGACUCCUCAGGAGAUCGUGGAUGAGUUCGCCAUGCGUUACGGAGUGGAGUCCAUCUACCAGGCUAUGACGUCAGUACCAUCACCAUACAGAACACAGAGAGUUUGGUCAUUGGUUUAGACCAGAGACGUAGCUAUACAUAUAUACAUUUAUACCAUGGCAUUGUUGAAUACUCCUUUCUGAUUGGUUUGAAGGGCAUUCUAGAGUGUGCAUUAUUUUCUUAUAACGCACUGUAUAUUUGCAUGGUAGAAUUCAAUGGCUAUAGUUCAUUCUUACAUGUUCUAUGUUUGAGCUGCUUUUAAAAGUAAAAGUUGAAUUGAAAACAUUAUUGGCAUUGUUGAAUUCGAUUUUCAUAAUGGCAAACUAGGAUUGAUAGGUUGGUUAGCUAAACUAGCAAUUCUGUUUUUUUCGUUACCAUGGCAACUACUGUAGCUAGCCAUCUAGUAAACUUGCUUGCUACUUCAAUGGAUGUUGAACAUAUUUCUACUGGCAAAUGUGUUAAAUUAUAGCCACGCUACCGCGUCGUGGAACACACCUUCCACGUUGUUCAUUCUUUUCCAUAGAACGCUGCGUUGAUGAUUAUCCCUUACAUAAAUAUACAGCUCUGAUUUGAACCUUAUAUUAAGGAGAGAACAAGUAUUAUGUACCAUCACCCGGCAGGUAGCUUAGUGGGUAAGAGCGUUGUGCCAGUAACCGAAAGGUCACUGGUUCUAAUCCCCGAGCCGUCGAUGUGCAAGGCACUUAACAGUCUAUGACUAGGGUGGCUGGAGUCUUUGACAAUUUUGAGGGCCUUCCUCUGACACCGCCUGCUAUAGAGGUCCUGGAUGGCAGGAAGCUUGGCCCCAGUGAUGUACUGGGCCGUACGCACUACCCUAUAUAGUGCCUUGCGGUCUGAGGCCGAGCAGUUGCCAUACCAGGCGGGUGAUGCUCUCGAUGGUGCAGUUUUUGACUGUGAUAACAUGUAACACAAUACAGAAUAAAACACACUUGAGACUACUGGACAAACUACACUGGACAGACAAAUGACAACAUAUUUCAUCCCUAAAAGUCCCAGUUAAUAUGAAUAUAAUUAUUCUAUUGUGUGUGUCCACAGCCAUUUUGCAUGUCUGUCGUCUAAGUACAUGUGCCCGGGCGUUCCCGCGGUGAUGAGUACCCUUCUGGCCAACAUCAAUGCCUACUAUGCUCACACCACCCAGUCCACCAAUAACGUUUCAGCAUCAGACCGCUUCGCCGCAUCCAACUUUGGAGUGAGUUCAUUAGUUUAUACUUUUAGGGGCGGUUUCCCAGACAUAGAUUAAGCCUAGUCUUGGACCUAAAAGCUAUUUCAAUGGAGAUUCUCUUUAGUCCAGGACUACACUUAAUCUGUGUCCUUGAAACCAACCAUUAUUCUUUUAGGUUUACAUUUUAUUAAAAGGUAUUUCAUUUAAAAUUGUAUUAACUGUAUUGAUUAAUUAUGAAUGGAAAUGUCUUCUUAGAGAUUACAUGUCAAGACAUGUUGAACUGUGUAGGUAAAGUAAAAAGGAAAGUAGGUUCAAAACCGGAACAUUGUCCUGAGGGCCCUCUGCCCUAAUACAGCCUCCAACCCCCAUUUUCAAACAGUGGCCCAACCUACAUCCCCAACUGCCCAAUCAGACUCACCAAGCUAAGCUAGAUCCUGUCCUGGAUUGACAUAAGCAAAAUAUACACAAAUAUACACUGUCAGCUGAGAUGAUGUUACAAUUUUUAAUCCUGUUUUAUCUUGUCCUGUGUGUGUGUCCUCUGUGGGUAGAAGGACAGGUUUGUGAAACUUCUAGAUCAGCUCCACAACUCCCUGAGGAUUGACCUUUCCAUGUACAGGGUAAUGUCAACUAUUUUCUUUCACUGUUUUCUAUUUUUCUUUUUGAAAUGUGUUAAGUGUAUUGAGAGACUUUUAGAAGUGUUUUUCACAAAGUUUGACUUCACACAAACACUGGUUUGUAUUCUGUGUUAUGUAUGAAAGUCACUGUUUUAGAUUAGCCCUCUAUUCCAGUAUUUGCGUUUUCUAAUCAUUCAUGUGUUUUUGUAUUUUAGUUGUUUUUGUUUGUGAAUAUUUUGUUUUGUGUAAUUUGAUUAUCCUUCCAGUUCCAUCUGUAGGCCAUUAGAUGAGUAGCAUUUUCUUGCAGUUGACAUUAUUAUAUUUAUAUUCUACUUUUAUUCGACCAAAAGUUGAAGGGCAUGAUGGAGGAGAUAGAAUAGACUACUACAAAAUUAUACUAUCAAAAUAAACCUUACAUUCUAAGUUAGAUAGGCCUUCAACAAGCCAUGUUUAUUUUACCAGUCUUGUGAUACAGUUGAAGUCGGAAGUUUACAUACACUUUGGAGUCAUUUAAACUCGUUUUUCAACCACUCCAAACUAUAGUUUUGGCAAGUCGGUUAGGACACCUACUUUGUGCAUGACACAAGUCAUUUUUCCAACAAUUGUUUACAGACAGAUUAUUUCACUUAUAAUUCACUGUAUCACAAUUCCAGUGGGUCAGAAGUUUACAUACACUAAGUUGACUGUGCCUUUAAACAGCUUGGAAAAUUCCAGAAAAUGAUGUCAUGGCUUUAGAAGCUUCUGAUAGGCUAAUUGACAUCAUUUGAGUCAAUUGGAGGUGUACCUGUGGAUGUAUUUCAAGGCCUACCUUCAAACUCAGUGCCUCUUUGCUUGACAUCAUGGGAAAAUCAAAAGAAAUCAGCCAAGACCUCAGAAAAAUUAUUGUAGACCUCCACAAGUCUGGUUCAUCCUUGAAAGCAAUUUCCAAAUGCCUGAACGUACCACGUUCAUCUGUACAAACAAUAGUACGCAAGUAUAAACACCAUGGGACCACCGAUCCGUCAUACCGCUCAGGAAGGAGACGCGUUUUGUCUCCUAGAGAUGAACGUACUUUGGUGCGAAAAGUACCAAUAUACUUCCAAAGUUGUGGCAAAAUGGCUUAAGCACAACAAAGUCAAGGUAUUGGAGUGGCCAUCACAAUACCCAGACCUCAAUCCUAUAGAAAAUGUAUGGGCAGAACUGAAAAAGCGUGUGUGAGCAAGGAGGCCUACAAACCUGACUCAGUUACACCAGCUCUGUCAGGAGGAAUGGGCCAAAAUUCACCCAACUUAUUGUGGGAAGCUUGUGGAAGGCUACCCGAAACGUUUGACCCAAGUUAAACAAUUUAAAGGCAAUGCUACCAAAUACUAAUUGAGUGUAUGUAAACUUGUGACCCACUGGGAAUGUGAUGAAAUAAAUAAAAGCUGAAAUACAUCAUUCUCUCUACUAUUAUUCUGACAUUUCACAUUCUUAAAAUAAAGUGGUGAUCCUAACUGACCUAAGACAGGGAAUUUUUACUAGGAUUAAAUGUCAGGAAUUGUGAAAAACUGAGUUUAAAUGUAUUUGGCUAAGGUGUAUGUAAAUUUCCGACUUCAACUGUAUCUGAACCUGUUUUUCAAGAACAUAUCUCUGUUCGUAACAGUGUUUCUGUGUGUUUCUACACUGUUGUAGAGUAUAUAUCAGUGUGUUUCUAUGUUUGUAAUGGUGUUUCUGUGUGUUUGUAGAAUAACUUCCCAGCUAGUAGCCCUGAGAGGCUGCAGGACCUCAAGUCCACUGUAGACCUACUGACCAGCAUCACCUUCUUCAGAAUGAAGGUAAACAAAACAAAACUCCAUUCAUCUCCUUCUUCAUCUCUUUUUCCUCAAGUCGUAGAGCUGGCUUGUGCCAGCCAACAUUUAAUUCCAGGAAAGAAGCAAUAUAUAUGUGGAUUCAUAAAUAGACUUACUUGCUAAACUAGCUCUUGAGGAGCCUCUUAAGACCAUCCUGAUCUCGCGAGCUUACAUCAUGUUUUGCUACACAGAUUCAGUAAAACAAAACGAGAGCGCAGCAAUCAGGAUGGUUUGAUCAGGCUAGCUCUUGAGGGCAACAUUUAGCACCGGUUAGGGUGUAUCAGCCAUAUACAGUGCAUUUGGAAAGUAUUCAGACUCCUUCACCUUUUCCACAAUUUAUUACAUUAAAGUCUUAAUCUAAAAUUGAUUAAAUAAAACAUUUUCGUCAUCAAUCUACACACAAUACCCCAUAAUGACAAAGCGAAAACAGGAUUUUAGAAAAUGUAGCAAAAUUAUAAAAAAUAGAAAACAGAAGUACCUUAUUUACAUAAGUAAUUACUCAAAAUUGAGCUCAGGUGCAUCCUGUUCCCAUUGAUCAUCCUUGAGAUGUUUCUGUCUAUAUAAAGGUCCCACAGUUGACAGUACAUGUCAGAGCAAAAACCAAGCCAUGAGGUCGAAUGAAUUGUCCGUAGAGCUCCAAGACAGGUUUUGUCGAGGCACAGAUCUGGGGAAAAAUUUCUGCAGCAUUGAAUGUCCCCAAGACCACAGUGGCCUCCAUCAUUCUUAAAUGGAAGAAGUUUGGAACCACCAAGACUCUUCCUAGAGCUGGCCGCCCGGCCAAACUGAGCAAUCGGGGGAGAAGGGCCUUGGUAAGGGAGGUGACCAAGAACCCGAUGGUCACUCUGACAGAGCUCUAGAGUUCCUCUGUGGAGAUGGGAGAACCUUCCAGAAGGACCACCAUCUCUGCAGCACUCCACCAAUCAGGCCUUUAUGGUAAAGUGGCCAGACGGAAGCCACUCCUCAGUAAAAGGCACAUGACAGCCUGUUUGGAGUUUGCCAAAAGGCACCUAAAGGACUCUUAGACCAUGAGAAACAAGAUUGUCUGGUCUGAUGAAACCAAGAUUGAACUCUUUGGCCUGAAUGCCAAGCAUCACACCUGGAGAAAACCUGGCACCAUGUCUACGGUGAAGCAUGGUGGUGGCAGCAUCAUGCUGUGGGGAUGAUUUUCAGCGGCAGGGACUGGGAGACUAGUCAGGAUCGAGGCAAAGCUGAACGGAUCAAAGGACAGAGAGAUCCUUGAUGAAAACCUGCUCCAGAGUGCUCAGGACCUCAGAGUGGGGCGAAGGUUCACCUUCAAACAGGACAACGACCCUAAGCACACAGCCAAGACAAUGCAGGAGUGGCUUCGGGACAAGUCUCUGAAUGUCCUUGAGUGGCCCAGCCAGAGGCCGGACUUGAACCCGAUCUAACGUCUGGAGAGACCUGAAAAUAGCUGUGCAGCGACGCUCCCCAUCCAACCUGAUAGAGCUUGAGGAUCUGCAGAGAAGAAUGGGAUAAACUCUCCAAAUACAGGUGUGCCAAGCUUGUAGCGUCAUACACAAGAAGACUCGAGGCUGUAAUCGCUGCCAAAGGUGCUUCCACAAAAUACUGAGUAAAGGGUCUGAAUACUUAUGUAAAUGUGAUAUUUCAAAUUUGCAAACAUUUCUAAAAACCUGUUUUUGCUUUGUCAUUAUGGGGCAUUGUGUGUAGAUUGAUGAGGAAAAAAACAAAUACAUUUUAGAAAAAGGCUGUAACGUAACAAAAUGUGGAAAAAGUCAAGGGGUCUGAAUACUUUCCGAAUGCACUGCAUGCUAAUGCUAAGCUAACUGACCUUUGAACUUACUGUGUGAUUAGGUCCAGGAGCUGCAGAGCCCCCCCAGGGCCAGUCAGGUGGUGAAGGACUGUGUCAAAGCCUGUCUCAACUCCACCUACGAGUACAUCUUCAACAACUGCCAUGAACUCUACGGCAGAGAAUACCAGACAGACCCUGUGAGUGUGGUUGGGGGGUGUGUGUUUGUGGUGUGUGAUGUGUAUGUGAGUUCAUGUGAGUGCAUGCAUAUCUGUGUGUUUGUGUCUGACCGUCCUCUUUCUCUCCAGGCUAAGGCUGACGUUCCAGAAGAGCAGGGUCCGAGCAUCAAGAACCUGGAUUUCUGGUCCAAACUCAUCACCCUCAUUGUCUCCAUCAUAGAAGAGGACAAGAACUCCUACACACCCUGUCUCAACCAGUGAGUUUCUCUAUCUCCGUCUCUCCUUCUCUCUCCCUCCCUCUCUUUGUCUCUCUCUCUCUGUCUCUCUCUCUCUCUCUCUCCUCUCUCUCCUCUCUCUCUCUCUCUCUCUCUCUCUCUCUCUCUCUCUCUCUCUCUCUCUCUCCUCUCUGAACACUCUGUUCUUCUGCCCUCUGUAGGUUUCCUCAGGAACUGAACGUGGGUGUCAUCAGUGCUGAGGUCAUGUGGAACAUGUUCGCUCAAGACAUGAGAUAUGCCAUGGAGGGUAUGUGUGUGUGUGUGUGUGUGUGUGUGUAUGUGCGCGCGCGCGUCGUAUCAAUCAAUAAGUCCCUAAACUAAUGCUACCAACCUGUCUCUGGUUCCCAGAGCAUGAGAAGAACCGUCUGUGUAAGAGUGCUGAUUACAUGAACCUGCACUUCAAGGUUAAGUGGCUCUACAACGAAUACUGCAAAGAGCUGCCCACCUUCCAGAAACGUGUUCCUGAGUACCCCGCGUGAGUGUCCUUUAUCUCAUCUAAUUCAGCUCUUUUUUUAGGGAAAGUCCAUGAAGAAUAUAUAUUUGGGGGGCUUGUUAUCACAUAAUGAGAUGAUUUUGGGGACCCUUUCUCUGCUGUCUCAUAGGUGGUUUGAGCCGUUUGUCAUCCAGUGGUUGGACGAGAAUGAGGAAGUGUCCAGAGACUUCCUGCACGGUGCCCUAGUGAGGGACACAAAGGACGGGGUAAACUCACAUCUGUUUCCUCUCUGAGAUAUCAAAAAUAAAUUGGCAAUGGUUUGUAUUACAGGCUUCUAUUUACUUGUGUUAUUUGCUAGACGAUACAUCGUCAAAUUGUAAUUACGUAGUUGUUUCUCAAUAAUUGAUACUGUAGGUUUAUUAUUUAUUUGAGAUUAAUUGAAAUGAUUUAAAACGUUUCAAAAUAUGUACCUUAUUAAAUUAAUUUUGAGGUACUAAAGAUCCUACUGAUGUAGGCCUACUAGACAUAAAGAUGUACUAUGCAAUUUCACUGUAAAAGUUGUAAAUGUUUUAAACACCCAACAGAGAAAUGACUGCCCUGUCCUUCCCACCAAUUCCCCCAACACACUUCCAUCAUGUGUACUUCCCUUACUCAGCACCAAGUGGUCUGGGAGAGAGGAAGAAGCAGGUUAGAGGCUCAGCACAAUCAAUAUGUGGCCAAUAACACACAGACAUGAGACCUAGCAUACACGGCAGCCCUCGAGGAACUGACACACACACACACACACACACUGAGUACACAUUCACACACACACGCGAGUCGAUGCGUAUGAGCAGGUUCUCUCCCCUCAUUCGUCUGUGGUCCUAAGGGUCCAAUUUCUGUCGCCCACAGCAUCUUCUUGUUUCCUGUGUCAGCAGGAAUCCAGUCCCACCGCCACCCUCCCCUUCACAACACCGCUCAAUACCCCGCUAAUGACAGGGGUGUUAAUGAGGGCUCUGCUCCCCAUCAUAUCCCUGAUCACCACAUCAUUAAUGUGGCGAGAGGAACCAGCCACACGCUGUCCAUUCAUAGAGAAUUCAACAGCACUUGCCAUCUAUCUUUAGUAUAUAAGAUGAAAUGUAUGGCCUUGAAAAAGGGGGCAUCCUUCUCCUGUUCUUUGAAGUGUGGGGAUCCCAGUCUUGAUCAUUAUGGACCUGUUACUUGUGCCUUUUGUUAGAUAUCAAAGCACCCAGAUAUCAAAGCACUUUAAUAAUCCCCCGUCUCGUCCAUUCUCCCACUUCCCCCAAUCUCCCUCUACCCAAUUCCUCUCUUCUCUGCCAUGUCACCUCUCUCCCUAUCAUCCCCCACCCUCCUCUCUCCUUUCCUCUCUCCUCAUCCCCUUCGCUCCUCUCCCCUGUUCUUUCCUUUCCCCCCCCUUCCCUUCCUCUCCUCCCUUCCCUCCUCUCUUCCCCCUACAGUUCCAGGUAACGUCGGAGCAUGCUCUGUUCUCCUGCUCGGUGGUGGACGUGUUCUCCCAGCUCAACCAGAGCUUUGAGAUCAUACGCAAGCUAGAGUGUCCCGACCCCCAGAUCGUAGGCAACUACAUGAAGAGAUUCGCCAAGGUACCACUUUUAGGCCUUACCAAUAUGGCCGACAUUUCAGACUGUAUUGGUCUAUGAUGUGUGACUUGAAAAAGCCCUUAUGAAUAUGAUAUAAUGUGGAGGUCUUCUGUGAUCGAACACUAACAGGGUUAGAUGAUACAGAAGAUGCUAAUUGUCUCUCAUCCUCUCUCUCUCUUUCUUUCUGUCUCUCCCUCUCUCUGUCUCUCUCUCUCUCUAUCAGACCAUCGGCAAUGUUCUGCUGUCCUAUGCUGAGAUCAUUUCCAAAGAGUUCCCCAAACAAUGCGGGAACAAAGAGAAAGAGAAAGUGGUAGGUUAGGGGAACGUCACGUGUGUGUGUGUCUGUGUGUUUGUGCAUGUGCGUGUGUACUGUAAGUGAAUGAGAACUGAUUGUGGUCUAGAGGGAGAAGCUGGACUGGCUCCCAGAAAACCAAGUCUCCCAGUGGACUGAUUCAUCUAUAGUCAACACUGAGCCUAGAGCCUCUGUCUGUCUGCUCUGCCUCUGCUUGGAUCAGCAAGAUACAGCUUCUCUGUCUGUCUGUCUGUCUCUCUCACUCUUUCUCUCUCUUUGUCUGCUUUUACAUCAGCAAGAUAGAGCUUUUUUUCUCUCUCUCUCUCUCUCUCUCUCUCUCUCUCUCUCUCUCUCUCUCUCUCUCUCUCUCUCUCUCUCUCUCUCUCUCUCUCUCUGUGUCUGCUCUGCCUCUGCUUGGAUAUCAGCAAGAUACAGCUUCUCUCUAUCUGUCUGCCUGCUUGUAUCAGCAAGAUACAGCUUCUGCAAAGUUGCAAGAGAAGAUCUCUAAUUAUGUGUGUCUUCCUUUCCCCUCAGCCUUGUAUCAUCAUCAAUAACAUCCAGCAGCUGAGAGUGCAGCUGGAGAAGAUGUUUGAGGCCAUGGGAGGCAAAAAUGUGAGUCUGUCAACCUCAAUGUAAAAUGUGCCAUCACUCAGACCUCAAUGUGCCAUUACACGAACCACAUUGUAAAAAUGUGUACCUACAAUGUAAUGAUUACACUGUACCCACAGUGUCAUUUUCUAUGUAAAAACAUGUAUUAUUAAGGGCACUUACUUCCUGCUAUGUAAAUACAUGUAUUAAGGACACUUACUUCCUGCCCCCAGCUUAAUGUGGAGGCCAGUGACUUCCUGAAGGACCUGCAAUUAAAGCUCAACAACGUCAUGGACGACCUUAGUAGGAUAUUUGCCGUCAGGUGUGUGCGUGCGCAUGUGUGUGUUUGUGGAGUUGUUUAGUUGGAGUUGUUUAGUUGGAGCAUGGUGCUUCCAGGGUCGUAUUCAUUAGGACAUGCAACAGAACUCCCUCUUUCAAUCUGUUUUCUUCCGCUUGGAGCCUAAUGCAUAUGACCCUGAGUCAUGGGUUUUUAUGGUUGUGGUGUGUCUGCCGUUGUGUAGUUUCCAGCCCCAGAUGAAGGAGAAUGUUGUGGGUUUUGAUGGUUGUCUGUGUGUCUAGUUUCCAGCCCCAUAUUGAGGAGAAUGUGAAGCAGAUGGGCGACAUCCUGGGCCAGGUGAAGGGACAGACUGUUACUGACAACAACAGCGUGGCCGGGGACGCCGACAACGUCCUGCAGCCCAUCAUGGACUUCCUCGACACCAAGUGAGCCACAGAGCCAGAGAUGCACAUGCACUCACAGACACACACACACACACUCUCCCUCUCUCUCUGUUCAGCAUGAGUGUGCUAAAAUGUAUGUGUUCUCACCUCCCUAGCCUGUCGCUGUUUGCUAAAAUCUGUGAGAAGACCGUACUGAAGAGAGUGCUGAAGGAACUGUGGAAACUGGUCAUUAACACUAUGGAGAAAAGCAUUGUGCUUCCACCAUUCACAGACCAGUCAGUGAGUAAACACACAUACACUUUUUUAUGUCUACAAACCUGCACAAAACUCUCUUCAAUACUCUCUGCUUCAGGUCUUUUUUUCAUGCCCUUUUCCAUAGUAUAAUACCGUAUCUACCAUUCAUUUAUAAAUAUGAAGUCCUGGCUAGAAUAAGAGGGAGAGGAUUGAAUGGUUACUUCCUCUCCCUGCUCGUUGUUGAUUGGUUGAGAUGGGCCUGGAGUUUCACUGACCCCCCCCCCCCCCCCCCCACUCUCGCCAUCGCCCCACCCUCUCUUUCUCUCCUCCUUAGGCAAUAGUAAGUACUGUGUGUGUACGUGUGCAUGUGUGUGUGAACAAGUGCGUGUGUGUGUUUCUCCCUGUCUGCUGUCUGUCAGCACGGACACACAGACUCCUCUGCUACCUGCGACAGCACAGUAUCACUCCUCUUGUCCCCCAUCUCUCCUUCUCAGAUUGAGCCCAAGACCCUACCCCCCGCUUGUAUAACUCUAGAAAAAUGUGGUUGGUGUAAGCAGUAAGACUAGUAGGUAGGGGCGAGGGGUGGAUUUGAGUGUGUUGAAUAGUGUCCAGUAUCAUCCCCUGUAUUUUAGAUAGGCGCAUGGUGCACGACUGAGAGAUGGAUUACCUGACCUGGUGCCACUGCAAUACAGCGCCUUACCCCCACCCCUCCUUACGCUUCUCCUUCCCCUCUUCCUCUCCUCCCUUACCUCCUGUCCUAUCGUGUGUCCUUCCGCUACAGUGUUGCCUGUAUGUUGAAUGGAUUGGAGUUUCCACACAACCCGGUACUGGAUUUGAAACCUGUCCUGCACAUGCCUUUUUCCCCCGAUUCUUUAUUGUGACAUGUUAUGUUUAGCUAUGUAUAAACUCUCUAUCUUCUUCAAGCACAACUCUCCCCUCGUCAUCCUACUCCCUCUUCUAUCGUCACCAUCUCUCUCUCAACCUCGCUCUCUCUCUCAACCUCGCUCUCUCUCGCUCAACCUCGCUCUCUCUCUCAACCUCGCUCUCUCUCGCUCAACCUCGCUCUCUCAACUUCGCUCCUCUCGCGAACCUCGCUCUCUCUCAACCAUCCUCGCGCUCAACCUCGCCUGCUCUCUCAACCUUCGCUCUCUCGCGCUCAACCUCGCUCUCUCUCUCAACCUCGCUCUCUCUCGCUCAACCUCGCUCUCUCAACCUCGCUCAACCUCACUCUCUCUCUCAACCUCACUCUCUCUCGCUCAGCCUUUCUCUCUCUCUCAACCUCUCUCUCUCUCUCAACCUCGCUCUCUCUCUCUCAACCUCUCUCUCUCUCUCAACCUCGCUCUCUCUCUCAACCUCGCUCUCUCUCUCAACCUCUCUCUCUCUCUCUCAACCUCGCUCUCUCUCUCAACCUCUUUCUCUCUCCCCUCCACAGGGCACUCAGAUGAUCUUUAAUGCAGCUAAGGAGUUGGGCCAGCUCUCCAAGCUCAAGGUAAUGAUGACACAUUAGGAUGAGUUCAUUUCUGCAGCACACUGUCGUGUAGUGUGUUGUAUUAACUACAUUGUUGCAUGAAUGAACUCGGCCUCUGUUUCCCUGCCCUGCAGGAGCACAUGGUGCGAGAGGAGGCCAAGGCUCUCACUCCUAAACAGUGUGCCGUCAUAGAGCUCGCAUUGGACACCAUUAAGGUACAGUAUACAUAAUGUACACUUUGUAGGAAGUAUGUGUAGUAUGUAUUAUGUAGUACAUAAAAUGCACUUUACUUAAAGAAUCCCGGUAUAAAGCUUUAUAACUUGUUAUAAGCAUGUAUGAACCUACAUCAUGUAUUAUAACAAGGGUUAUAAUAUGUUAUGUCUCUCUAUGGAUAAAUAACAAUGCCUGUUGGCCUCUUCCCCUGCAGCAAUACUUCCAUGCGGGCGGUGUGGGUCUGAAGAAGACAUUCCUGGAGAAGAGUCCGGACCUGAAGUCUCUGCACUACGCCCUGUCCCUUUACACACAACACACUGACAAGCUCAUCAGGAAGUUUGUCCUCUCCCAAAACGCUCAGGGUACGACACUCACUCUGUCUCUGUCUGGCUGGCUCUCUGUUUGUCUGGAUGGCUGGCUGGCUGGCUCUCUGGCUCUCCACUUCUCUCUCUCUCUCUGCCUGCCUCUGUGAAUGGUAACUCUCCUUGUGAGAUUUGGUACAGCGAUACAUGUGAGCUGGGAUAUCCUACUGAACUUUCUCCUCUCUUCUCUUUCUCUCUCCCUGCUAGUCCAUGGAGGGAAGGGGGUCAGGUAUACCCUCAACGAAGACACAUUACCAGAGAAGGGUAAGUACCUUUGCCACUGCCUCACCCCUCCCCUCUCCAUACUCAUUUAAUGUAAACAGCGUGUUUCCGGAGAAUAACCGUCAAUUAGUGGAUAACAGUCUGGUGCAGACCAGCUGCAGGCUUUAACCCUGGCACUAAACCCACUGUAGCUAUGGCCAGCCAGCAAAACACUGCUGCGCUCUUAAACUAACUGGAUUAAACAGAUAUCCGUCUAGUCCUAGUAGACCACAUACAUACUUAUGCACAUGACAAUAAAACUUGGAUAAAACAUUUAAAUCAGGGAAUGGACAAUGUAGGAAAGGAUUCCAGUGGUGGAAUGAUCCCAACGUCUAGACAUGGCCAGACUCCCACACACACACACACACAGCAUGCAUCGUGUAGACAGAUUUAUCAGCUUGCCUUUGCUUUAUUGUGCAUUAAACUUGCUUGCUACAAUCUGAAACACUGCGGGGGUCAUAGUGUGCUCUGGUCAACAGCAGUGAUCUCAAUGCUGUGUGUCUUAUGUCAUGGUUAACACUUGACCUCUGGUAGGGUCGGGAGUGGAGGAGCCGAUCGGAGAGGUGGUCAUGCAUGUGGAGAUCUUCACCCACCCCAACACUGGAGAACACAAGAUCACUGUGAGAGGUGAGAGAUGGAGGGAGGGGGUGAGGGGGAAGGAGAAAGAGAUGGAGGGAGGGGGUGAGGGGGAAGGAGAAAGAGAUGGAGGGAGGGGGUGAGGGGGAAGGAGAAAGAGAUGGAGGGAGGGGGUGAGGGGGAAGGAGAAAGAGAUGGAGGGAGGGGGUGAGGGGGAAGGAGAAAGAGAUGGAGGGGGUAAUGGGGAAAGGGAGGGCAUAAGGUAGUGGUAAUGAUGGGCUUUACAUACAUAAUUGCACUAGGCUUGAGCUUCUCUGAAAUGCACUGCAAAAACCCAGGACCCUUUCUCUCUCCCAGUGGUGGCUGCUAAUGACAUUAAGUGGCAGACCCAGGGGAUCUUCCGUCCCUUCGUGGAGGUCUACAUCAUCGGUCCCCACCUCAGUGACAAGAAGAGGAAGCACGCCACCAAGUCCAAGAACAACAGCUGGUCGCCCAAGUUCAACGAGACCUUUCAGUAGUGAGUAUAUCAAGCCUAUUUCUGGUUAGGGUGUGUGUGCGUGUCAAUGUCAAUGUGUGCACUAUCCAACCCACUUCUUCUCUGUCUCCUCUCCAGUUCCCUGGGCAGUGAGUUGGGUCCUGAGGGCUAUGAGCUGCAGGUGUGUGUGAAAGACUACUGCUUCGCCAGGGAGGACCGUACGGUGGGCAUGGCCCUGAUGCAGUUGAAGGACAUGGCCUCUAGGGGCAGCGUGACAUGCUGGCUCCCCCUGGGGAAGAGGGUCCACAUGGAUGAGACGGGCCUGACGGUACUGAGGAUCCUAUCUCAACGCAACAACGAUGAGGUGGCCAAAGAGUUCGUCAAGCUUAAGUCAGACCAGCGCUCUGCCGAGGAGGGACAGGGGAGCUGAGAGAGAACAGAGAUCUAGAGAUACUGACGCACAUAUGCACGCACACACACAGUCGCACAACAUACAGAGGUACACAUGUAUUCAUACACCACGCACAAACAUACACUGUACAUUACACACAAACAAUACAGGCAAACACAUACGUGAACCCACACAACAUAUGUGCAUGUUAUACAAACAUGGUCAUGAACACACUAAUAAUCUCUAUCACAACGAUUAUCACGUGUACAAACACUGAGGUGGCCAACGGUUCCUUCAACCAUAGACAGAUUUUGGACACCUAUCAAUCAAUUAAUUUAUCAAUUUCUGCUGCUCUCUUUCACUCUUGCAUAUUACAUACACUUUUUCUAUACAUUUAAUGCAGAAAUGUGAGAUAGUUAAAAAAUAUAUCACCUGA